AUUGUCUACCUGCUGGGCUCCCCAUAUUGUGAGGAGGGGAAAAGUACACUCCAUUCUGUUUCCUACAACAUGUGCAGAAGUUAAUCUCGGCCCCACUAUUCUGGAUGAAAGACUCCUUCCUUCCCUUAAGAAGACACCUGCACUAUGUCUUAAACCAGAUGGUUUGCAUGCUACAGAGGUUAGCAGCCCCUGAUAGUAAGUAAAACACAGUGAGACUGUGCACAGAACUAACCCUACCUCUGUAUCCUUAUUUUAUCUCAGGUUCAGGAACAGGCUCCUGCACAAACCAUAAAUUGUUGGCGCUGUAACAAGGUUGUCUGUAAGUUGCCUGAGUGGCGAAAAGAGUCACAUUGGACACCUCUAACCAUUUUCUUUUUCCUUUCCAGUGUGUUCCAUGGGAAACAGCACCAGCCGGCUCUACAGUGCGCUUGCCAAGACGCUGAGCAGCAGUGCCGUGUCCCAGCACCAGGACUGCCUGGAGCAGCCGGACUCGGCACGGCUGGAUCCUAUAGACCCCAAGGAUUUGCUGGAGGAAUGUCAGAUUGUUCUGCAGAAACGGCCACCCCGGUUUCAGAGGAACUUUGUGGACCUGAAGAAAAACACUGUCACUAACCACCGCCCCAUUCGGGUCAUGCAGUGGAACAUCCUUGCCCAAGCUCUUGGAGAAGGCAAAGACAACUUUGUUCAGUGCCCCAUGGAAGCUCUGAAGUGGGAGGAGAGGAAGUGCCUCAUCCUGGAAGAAAUCCUUGCGUACAAGCCUGACAUCUUGUGCCUGCAAGAAGUCGACCACUACUUUGACACCUUUGAGCCACUCCUCAGCCGACUCGGCUACCAGUGUACUUUCUUCCCGAAGCCGUGGUCCCCGUGCCUAGAUGUGGAGCAGAACAACGGGCCGGAUGGCUGCGCCUUGUUUUUCCUCAAGGACCGCUUUGAGCUCAUCAACAGCGCUAACAUCCGGCUAACCGCCAUGAAGCUGAAAACCAACCAGGUGGCCAUAGCUCAGACGCUGAAGUGCAAUGAAACUGGACGGCUGUUCUGCAUUGCUGUCACUCACCUGAAAGCUCGUACUGGCUGGGAGAGGUUUCGGUCAGCACAAGGCUGCGAUCUUCUCCAGAACCUGAAGAAUAUUACCCAAGGUGCAAAGAUCCCUCUGAUCAUCUGUGGAGACUUCAACGCGGAGCCAACUGAGGAGGUCUACAGAGAAUUUUCCAACUCCAGCCUCAAUUUAAACAGUGCGUACAAGCUGCUGAGCCCCGACGGGCAGUCGGAGCCCCCAUACACCACUUGGAAGAUCCGGCCAUCGGGAGAGUGCCGGCACACGCUGGAUUAUAUCUGGUAUUCCCAGCACGCCUUGAAUGUGAACUCAGCCCUGGGCUUGCUGACUGAAGAGCAAAUUGGGCCCAACAGGCUGCCAUCAUUCAAUUACCCUUCCGAUCACCUGUCUCUGGUGUGUGACUUUAGUUUUAACCAAGACCCUGAUAGACUGCUGUGAUGUGUUGGAAUGGCACCUGGUAUUGCAGUGACUUAACUUGCCACUAUUUUAUUUUAGAGAAAACUUUGGAAGCUGGAAGCUAUUGAAGGAUGAGGAAGUACUGUUGACUAAACAUUAUUUCGGGUACUUGUUUGGAGCUACAUUUGCCAUUCAAGCGCUUGUUAAUCAGGAGCCUCCAAGGGAGGAAGAAAGGAGCCAGUGUUGUCGUCGUGGUGUUCUUGCCAUGUCGGGGUUUGAAAACCAGAAGGCAAUGAGCUUUAUCCUUUCACUAACCCCUGUGUUUAAGGAUUUAAUCCUCUAAUGAAUGUGGAGGCCUUAGUAUUUAAAUCAAAACACUUGUGUUUGUAAAACAACUUGCCCUGGCAGCAUGCUAAUUUUAUUUAUUUCAUGUUAAGCUUGUGCAAGUACCAAAGGGAAUGAGGCUCAACUACCCAGCAAGAUUCUCUUAAAUCUUUUUCUGUUUCAGUACAAAGGAAGUUUAAUGCAGUUUAGAUGUGAACAAAUCUAAGCUCAUAGUAGUGUUGUCUUCUCAUUUUUACAUGACUUGAGAUGACAGUUUCAUUAAAAGUGAAUGGAUAACAGCAGCACAGUGUGAGGAAGGCCCCCUCCAGUAAGAGCAGGUGAGGAAAUAGAGGCUAAUUACAUCAUAUAGUAAUAUCCUCACUCUUCCAGAUGAAUGUGCAUGUGUCUGUUACAUACAUACAGCCUGUAGACACACAGUGACUUACCUUUGUCUCGUCUGUGCUUCCCUCCAGAGGACACCCCUAACUAGGGAGUAUUUCCUCCUCUGUUUCAAGUUAUUACUUUUCUAAAUGGUUUAAACUUGUAGUCUUGUCCAUCUUGCUGUUUCAGUAAAGGGCCAAUCUUCAUGUUAAAAGACUUUCUUUUAUUUAUCUUCAGAAUCUUAAGCUACACUGGAACCUGUUAGAAGAUAAAAUUUAUUUAUUGAGAGAAGCUGGUGAUCCUGCAUCUGACUUGAAAUCAUAUACCAACAGUGUUCAGGAGCCUCUUUCUAUGGCCCAGCACCUAGGCUACAACAGAGCUGUGUUAGUGUAUGUGCUGGUUUGGGCUGGGUUAAUUUUCUUCACUUUUACUCUUCUGAUUCCCUCCCCUAUCCUGCCGCGGGGACAGUGAGCUGUGUGGUGCUUAGUUGCCGGCUGGGGUUAAACCAUGACAGUGUAGUAACUCUUGUGUAUGGAGUGGUGCUCAUUGGUAUGGCACAGGUGUUGCAUAGGUGGAUUGUAAACAUGCGUCUAUGCCGGAAAAUGAGGUGGGGAGAGAGGAGAGACACAACAGCUGUAGAUGCGCCGAUAUUCAGAUAGUUGUGAAAGAUGAGGCAGAGUAAAUAAAGCAAUACUUCCACAUAAGGUAAGGCCCAUAGUUAACUUGUAAAUGUUCCAGGUGUUUAUUAAUAAAAGUCUUUGGG